AUGCAGGCUCUCCAACAACCCCUGUCCUACAACAACAACCUUCCUUCUCCCAAUGCUCACCAAGAACAUCACCACCACCAGCAGCAGCAGCAGGAGUGGUCUCAAUGCAAACUCAGCCCAGUUUCGGCUCAUCCUCAUCCUCAGCAACAGAUACAGAUGCCCUUGACUUCGCAGCUGGACUACUACCGCCAACUCCAGAUCAUGCACUGUCAACGUGAACGCGAUAUCGAACAACUCUACCGCCAGCACCAGGUCUUUCAACAACACCCUCAAGUCCAACAACAGCAACAGCAACAGCAGGAUCGCCCUCCAAGCCAUGCUAUCCAACGUGGCCUCCUAGCCCAGAGAAUGCUCCAGCUCCAGCGGUUAUUCCAGGCCCAGCAGAUUCAAAAGAUGCAGGCCAUGCACAAGAGGGGCCGUGCAGCAGUACCAACAUCAUCAGCACCAGCCCUUUCUCCUUCCCUCACGCCUUCCUCUUCCCCUUCGCCUUCGCCUUCCUCCUCCUUUCCUUCUAAUGGUCUCCUGGGCAUCGCCGCUCCCGAGUCUGGAUUUGUACAAAUGUCAUCCGAGUCCGAGCAGUCAAGAGCCGAGACCGGCCUAGUCCAGCAACAGCCCGAGGAGAACAAAAUGACCAAGAACCACGAUCCCAACACGAUCCAUCUCCCCUCAACAACAUCACGACCAUCUCCUACAGUCAAGAAGACCACUAGUGUUCCUGAACUCGCCCAGAUUGUUCUCCCGAGUCUAGAUCAGAUUCGCAAGCAGCGCCAGCAACGCCUCAAGUUCCAAGCUCGUCUCCGCCAAACUGCCUCUGCUGCUGCUGCCAAGACCAUGGCUGUCUCUUCACCCAAAGCGACACCAAAGGGAACAACAGCAGGACAGUCGACCAUGCUCACGCCAGCGUCCCCUCCAGCUUCCCCCUCGCCCUAUUCAACUUUAACACCCUAUUUUUCUACUCCAGCCCCACAGCAACAACACUCGCCUUCCCUUGCCAUUACAACAACAAACACGAUGACAGAAACAACAGCGGCACCCUUGUCGCCUGUGACUACUCCAAAGGAAUCCACCUUUUCCUCCUCUCACUCGCCGUCCAUGCCACAGCAAUCUCCAGCCAAUGGAGGAGUUUCAAAAGUCCAACACGCGGCAUGGACUAGCUCGACCACAUCGCUGGUGGCCAGGUCCAAAGCCGAUCUGGCAUACCGUCGCCAGCUGCGUCUCCAGCACGCGAUUCAACAGCACCUAAUCCAGGACCAUACCCAUCGCUACCGUCUCUUCCAGGCCUUCUGUCUCCUCCAGCGUGCCCAAGCUGCGCAGGCCAUGGACGAGGUCCAAACCCAGCGACAGCGUCAACUCCAAACCGUCGCUUGGGUCCAAGCCCUCCGCCAGUCCCAGUCGCUCUCUCAGCUCGAGAUUCCUCAAUAG